AUGGCCAGCCGGUUAUGUGUCCCCGUCCUCCCCAAACCCCACACCUUGGGAGCAUCACUGACUCCGCACUUGGGGAACAUCCAAAAGGGUAUCCAGGUGGCAAUCCAACGCAGCGACAGGCGGAUCCACCUGGCUAUGGUCACGGAGAUCAAACCAGAAAGACCCUGGGUCAUAGUCGAAUGGACAGAAAACGGAGUCACAAAAGGUAAGAAGAUUGACCUAGAGACCAUAUUCUUGCUGAAUCCAACUCUCAUCUCUGCCCAGGACUCCCAUUCGUCCAGGUCCUUCCCUUCCCCGUUUCUAGAGCCCCCUUCGGCCAGUGGGGACCAGCGUAUGGUGUCAAAGUGGGUUGCAAAGACCCCCCAGGUCAAAGAAAAGCAGUCAGGGGACAGCCUGGUCGAGUCUGUGAGGGUCCCCAGCAACCCUUGCCUGAUGAAACAGAAGAAAUCUCCCUGCCUAAGGGAAAUAGAGAAACUGAAACUGCAGCGGGAAAGACGCAGAAUGCAGCAGCUACAAAUCCGAGCCCAGCGUGUCCUCGACAUCAACAUCAGAAACCCUAAGCACCACAUCAUGUACAUGAUUGAAAAGUAUCGCAGGCAACUGGAGCAAAACAAGGUGACUCGCCUGGGGCCCCGGGAGGACCAUCGCAUCUGCGUCUGUGUAAGGAAGCGCCCCCUCAACCAGAGAGAGACCAGCAUGAAUGACCUGGAUAUCAUCACCAUCCUCUCGGAAAACGUGGUUAUGGUGCAUGAGUCCAAGCGAAAGGUGGAUCUCACUCGCUACCUGGAGAACCAGACCUUUUUCUUCGACCAUGCCUUUGACGACACUGCCUCCAAUGAGUUGGUGUACCAGUUCACUGCCCAGCCGCUGGUGGAGUCCAUCUUCCGCCAGGGAAUGGCCACCUGCUUUGCCUAUGGUCAGACGGGCAGUGGGAAAACCCACACCAUGGGUGGAGUUUUUUCAGGCAGGAACCAAGAUUUUUCAAAAGGUAUUUAUGCCCUGGUGGCACAGGAUGUCUUUCUUUUGCUCCAAGCUUCAACUUAUAAAACACUAGACUUCAGAGUCUAUGGGACCUUUUUUGAGAUUUAUGGGAGCAAGGUGUUUGAUUUGUUGAACUGCAAGAAGAAACUGCAGGUCCUUGAAGAUAGCCAUAGGAAAAUGCAGGUGGUUGGGCUACAGGAGCAGGAGGUAUAUUGUGUGGAGGAUGUGCUGAGCCUAGUGGAAUUAGGCAAUAGCUGCCGGACUUCUGGGCAGACGUCAGUCAACGCUCAUUCUUCUAGAAGCCACGCUGUGUUCCAGAUCAUUCUGAAGUCCAGAGGGAAAAUCCAUGGCAAGUUUUCUCUUGUUGACUUAGCUGGGAAUGAAAGAGGAGCAGAUACUGCCAAAGCCAACAGAAGCAGGCAGCUAGAAGGGGCAGAGAUCAAUAAGAGUCUUCUCACACUCAAAGAAUGCAUCCGGGCUUUGGGUAAGAACAAGUCUCACACCCCUUUCAGAGCCAGCAAACUCACACAGGUGCUCCGGGACUCCUUUAUUGGUCAAAACUCUUCUACAUGCAUGAUCGCCACUAUCUCUCCAGGGAUGGCCUCUUGUGAAAACACCCUCAACACUUUGAGAUAUGCCAACAGAGUUAAAGAAUUAACUCUAGGUGUAAGGUCCCACCAACGUUGUCCAUAUACAGUUGGACAUGAAGUUCCACAGAUGACGCAAAAUCACAUCAGAAAGUCAGAUGUCUCCCUUCCAAGAGAUGAAUUAAUUAGAAUGGCAUGUAUCCAGAAUAAAGGAGAGGAAAAGAACAAAGAAAUAGAAAAAUUGUCCACUCCAUUGAUUCAGGUUCCCACAAUUUUAUGGAAGACAUCUGGCGAGUGGCCAGCAAAAAAUAUCCAGGAGAAAGCUGAUGUGGUAAAUGCUGAUGUUGAAUUUUGGAUUGCCCAGUUGUUGUCCAUUUUGGAUAAAAAAAUAGGUGUUCUGACCGAGAUUCAAAAUAAAUUGAAGUCAUUACAAGCUGGCCUUCAAAAGAAGGGUAAAGUAGAGUGA